AUGGCUACGAAGAAUAUCGAAGAUGUAGAUUUAUAUGCAAUAUUAGAUGUACAAAUCACUGCAACAGAAUCGGAAAUCAAAAAAGCGUAUCGUAAGAAAGCUCUGCAGUGUCAUCCGGAUAAAAAUCCUGAUGAUCCAAAAGCAGCAGAAACAUUCCAUGAGUUGUCUAGGGCUCUCGAAAUAUUAACCGAUACUUUGGCCAGAGCAGCAUACGAUAAAGUGCUGAAAGCAAAAGCUGCUGCAAAACUAAGGCAUAAAGAAUUAGAUAGUAAGCGACAGAAAUUAAAAGAGGACCUAGAAAGACGUGAGCGAGAAGCUGCUGCAGGAAGAGAAUCUAAUUUCACGGAUGAACAAAAAUUAGCUGCCGAAAUUAAAAGGUUACAAAAAGAAGGUAGCCGUCUUCUACAAGAAGAACAGCAGAGAAUGAAAGAAGAAAUUCAUAAGAGUAAGGCUAGACAUACUGAACCUUUUUGGGAUCCCAGCCUGAAUAGAAUAAAAAUUAAAUGGAAAGCUGAUAAGAGUGAUUUAAAUAAUGGUGGUUAUGAUGAAGCUACUCUAAGAAAAUUCCUUAAGAAGUAUGGUGAUAUAUCAGCUCUAAUUAUUUCCCCUAAGAAAAAAGGUAGUGCACUGGUAGAAUUCUCAACUAAGGAAGCAUCUGAAAUGGCUGUAGACUUAGAGAAAGGUCUACCUGAGAAUCCCCUUACAUUGAAAUGGUUGAAUGAUAAACCAGUAUUAACAACAAAAAGUGGACCUUCACUGGUAUCUGAAAGAGAUUAUGAAUCUAUUGUUUUGACUAAAAUGCGACAGGCAGCAGAAAGGCAGAGAUUAAUAGAAGAAAUGUUGAAAGAAGAUCAAGGGUUAUGA